GUGCCUCUUGCAGCAACCUAACCCAGGAGCAGGGGGGAAUCCUGAAUCGAGCUGAGAGGCUUCCCCGGUUCUCCUGGGAACCCCAUCGCCCCCCUGCCAGCACACACCUGAGCAGCAUCAAAGGACAUGGCCCCCCCAGCCGCCUAGCCGGGGCCCGUCUAGGAGUGACAUCCUUUUUGGUGCCCCAAAGGCCAGCUCUGGACCUUCCCAGGAAAGUGCCAGCUCACAGAACUGCUUGACCGAAGGACCGGCUCUUGAGACAGCUCCCAACCGACCUGGCCCCCAGUAGGGUGGGGGUUCCAGGAGGCUGAGACUAGCCUGCCUUUCUUGGACAGCAGCUCCAGCACAGAAGGGGGGGUGGGCCGACCACCCAAACCCCAUCUGGGCCCAGGCCCCAUGCUCCGAGGAGGGGUGGCCUGAAGCCCGCCAGAGCCCCCCCACCAGACUGUCUGCCUGCCCUUGUGACUGUGGCCGCUUGGCAUGGCCAGCAACAGCAGCUCCUGCCCAACACCUGGGGGCGGGCACCUCAAUGGGUACCCCGUGCCCCCCUACGCCUUCUUCUUCCCCCCCAUGCUGGGUGGACUCUCCCCGCCAGGCGCUCUGACCACUCUCCAGCACCAGCUUCCAGUUAGCGGAUAUAGCACACCAUCCCCAGCCACCAUUGAGACCCAGAGCAGCAGUUCCGAAGAGAUAGUGCCCAGCCCUCCCUCACCGCCCCCUCUCCCCCGCAUCUAUAAGCCUUGCUUUGUCUGCCAAGACAAAUCCUCAGGCUACCACUAUGGGGUCAGCGCCUGUGAGGGCUGCAAGGGCUUCUUCCGGCGCAGCAUCCAGAAGAACAUGGUGUACACAUGUCACCGGGACAAGAACUGCAUCAUCAACAAGGUGACCCGGAACCGCUGCCAGUACUGCCGGCUGCAGAAGUGCUUCGAAGUGGGCAUGUCCAAGGAGUCUGUGCGGAAUGACCGGAACAAGAAGAAGAAGGAGGUGCCCAAGCCCGAGUGCUCUGAGAGCUACACGCUGACACCGGAAGUCGGGGAGCUCAUUGAGAAGGUGCGCAAAGCGCACCAGGAGACCUUCCCCGCCCUCUGCCAGCUGGGCAAGUACACUACGAACAACAGCUCAGAACAGCGUGUCUCGCUGGACAUUGACCUCUGGGACAAGUUCAGUGAACUCUCCACCAAGUGCAUCAUUAAGACUGUGGAGUUCGCCAAGCAGCUGCCCGGCUUCACCACCCUCACCAUUGCCGACCAGAUCACCCUCCUUAAGGCUGCAUGCCUGGACAUCUUGAUCCUGCGGAUCUGCACGCGGUACACGCCCGAGCAGGACACCAUGACCUUCUCGGACGGGCUGACCCUGAACCGGACCCAGAUGCACAACGCUGGCUUCGGCCCCCUCACCGACCUGGUCUUUGCCUUCGCCAACCAGCUGCUGCCCCUGGAGAUGGACGAUGCAGAGACCGGGCUGCUCAGCGCCAUCUGCCUCAUCUGUGGAGACCGGCAGGACCUGGAGCAGCCCGACCGGGUGGACAUGCUGCAGGAGCCACUGCUGGAGGCGCUGAAGGUCUACGUGCGGAAGCGGAGGCCCAGCCGCCCCCACAUGUUCCCCAAGAUGCUGAUGAAGAUCACGGACCUGCGAAGCAUCAGCGCCAAGGGGGCUGAGCGGGUGAUCACGCUGAAGAUGGAGAUCCCGGGCUCCAUGCCGCCUCUCAUCCAGGAAAUGCUGGAGAACUCAGAGGGCCUGGAUACUCUGAGCGGACAGCCGGGGGGUGGGGGGCGCGACGGGGGCGGCCUGGCCCCACCGCCAGGCAGCUGCAGCCCCAGCCUCAGCCCCAGCUCCAACAGAAGCAGCCCGGCCACCCACUCCCCGUGACGGCCCUGGCCACAUGGACACCGCCCUCGCCCCACGCCCCGGCUUUUCUCUGCCUUUCUGCCGACCAUGCGACCCCUGCCAGCCCCGCCCCCACUGUUGGACAGAGACCUGGGCCCUGGGUGGACGGCCCACUCCUGCAGCCCGGGCCGACGUCAGGGGCCGCGACUGGGAACUGAGCGAGGACCCCCGUCCUUGGCCUCAGGAUGGGUCCUGGAGUGCUCCUGUCCAUCAAGACACCCCUCUGCCCACCUCACCACAUCUUCAUCACCAGCAAAUGCCAGGACCUGGCUCCCGUCCUCAGAACUCACAAGCCAUUGCUCCCCAGCUGGGGAACCUCAGCCUCCCUGCCUCGGUUGGUGACGGAGGGGUGGGCCACGGGCCAUGGGCGGGGGCUCCCCCUGUACAUACCCUGCCAUACCAACCCCCAGGUAUUAAUUCUCGCUGGUUUUGUUUUUAUUUUUAUUUUUAUUUUUUUGGUUUCGAUUUUUUUAAAUAAGAAUUUUCAUUUUAAGCACAUUUAUACUGAAGGAAUUUGUGCUGUGUAUGGGGGGGAGCUGGAUCCAGAGCUGGAGGGGGGGUGGGUCCUGGGGAGGGACGUGGCUCAGAAGGGACCCCACUUUCCCGCCGUGUCCCUGUGCCCCCCAGGUCUCCUCCUCAGCCUUUUCCUCGGUUUUCUCUUUCAAACUGUGAAGUACUAACUUUCCGAGGCCUGCCUUUCCCUCCUCCCUCGCCUAACCACUGGGCGUGACCGGUGUCGGCAGCCCCAGCAGGACCCGGCUUCUGGCCCGUGCGCCUGUCCCCACCACCUCGAGCAGGGCAGGGCGGAUUGGGUCCCAGCACACAGAGCGCUUUUCCAGCUGUCUCCUGGCAGCGCCGCCCUCGCCCCACGAGGCGGCAUCAUCCAAGUCUCCAGCCCCCACUGUGAAGGGGCCGGCGGAGGGGCUCCAGCCGCCUUCGCCCCAGCCUCAGCCACCAGCACCCCCAUAGGCCCCAGACACACACACACACACACACACACACACACACACACACAAUGGACAGUAGGGGCCGGCACGCACUUGGUCCGAUUUCCUCCAUGUCCCUGUCCCCCACCCCUCCACUUGCCCCACACCUGGGCCCCCUCCUUGCCCCGCAGGACGGGCCUACAGGGGGCCUCCUCCCCUCACCCCUGCACCCCCGGCUGGGGGAGCUGGCUCUGCCCUGACCCCCUCCACCCGGGGUUGGGGUCUAUCCCCUGGAGCCUGCUGGUGCACCUGUUACUGUUGGGCUUUCCACUGAGAUCUACUGGAUAAAGAAUAAAGUUAUAUUUAUUCUA